UUUAGUCCGGAAGUGUUUUCUUUGGAGACCAAAACAUCAUAAAGAAUAUUUUACCUGAAUUGUUGCCAAUUUCACAUGAUUGUGUCCUGAAAUUUUAACGCUAUACUCGUCCGUGUGUUGCACGCGCGGAUUAUGAGAGCACCAUUCGGAGGGGGGAGCACAGCGUGAACUGAGUCUCCGUGAGUCAUCUAUAUGGGCCAUCUUCUCUCGAAAAAUGGUUACCGCCUGAACAAGAGGACACGCAAGCUGCACCACAGGAAGAAGAAGAAGAGGAACUGCUUCCUGCAGGGGCCCUGCAUGCUCUGCUUCAUCGUCCACGGCAACAGCGGGGGCCUCGACGACGACAACAGCGACCAAUUGGAGACCGGUGUCAACGGCGGAGGCAGAGGACGUUGUCACAUCAACACAGGUGGUACCGGAAUCGGAAGCGCCUCAAAGCUCGCUGGGCGGUACGCUGCUCUCACUUCCCCUGAGGACUGUGCCAAGUUCCUGCUGUCGCCAAGGGAACUAGCCAUCUGGGAGGGCCAAGGGAGGAGUCUACUGUCGGCCGUGCCGGCUAAGCUGAUUCCACCGCCAGCGCUGUUCCGGAGUGCAGGGAUUCCAGUGCCCAUAGCUGUGGCUGUUUCUGUGCCUGGUAGUGCCAGUGACUACGCUGAGAUGGUGUGUAAGAGGAAGUGUGCGGAGGUGCAGAGGUGCACACCCUGUAAGCAGCCGCGAUGUGCCUUCCCUGUCCCUGAGGGAGGUGUGGAGGAUGGAGGAGGAGGAGGAAGUGGGGAUGCCUCCUCUAACUCCGGGACUGGCCACUGCCACCUCUGCCCCCUGCCCUCAUCCUCUUCCUCCUCAUCUUCGUCUGUCGAGGGCUGCUGUGGGAUGGCUCUCCAUGGCGAUUCGCUGCCCCAGAGUUCUGACUCCUCCCCCUGCUGUCCGCAUCACCAUGACGACUGCCAGGGGAGAGGCAGUGACGUGAUUGACACAUCCAGCAUCAACCGCCUCCCCUCCUCCAUCCUGCUUAAGGUGUUCUCCCACCUUUCGGUGAAAGAGCGCUGUCUGUGUGCCUCGCUGGUCUGUAAGUACUGGAGGGACCUCUGCUUAGACUUCCAGUUCUGGAAGCAAAUUGACCUCAGUGGCCUACAACAAGUAAAUGAUGACCUCCUGGUGAAGAUAGCGUCUCGGAGGCAGAAUGUGACGGAGUUAAACAUCUCCGACUGUCGUGGCGUGCAGGACCACGGUGUGUGUUCCCUGGCGGCCCACUGCCCGGGCCUUCAGAGGUACACAGCCUACCGCUGUAAACAGCUGAGUGACCUGUCCCUCAGCUCCCUGGCCUUACACUGUCCUCUGCUGGCCAAGGUCCAUGUUGGCAACCAGGACAAACUGACAGACGACGCACUCAAAAAGUUAGGAGAACACAGUUCAGAGUUGAAGGACAUCCACCUGGGCCAGUGCUACAGUAUUACUGAUGAGGGGAUGGUGGCUCUGUCCAAGGGAUGUCCCAAGCUGCAGAGAAUCUACAUGCAGGAGAACAAACUGGUGACUGAUAAGUCGGUGAGGGCGUUUGCCGAGCACUGUCCCGAGCUGCAGUUUGUGGGCUUCAUGGGCUGUUCUGUGACAUCACUGGGAGUCAUCCAUCUUACUGGGCUGCGUAACCUGAGCAGCCUGGACCUGCGGCACAUCUCCGAGCUCAACAACGAGACCGUGAUGGAGGUGGUCCGGAAGUGUAGGAACCUCAGCUCCCUCAACCUCUGUCUCAACUGGAGCAUCAACGACAGGUACACACACACACACACACACACACACACACACACACACACACACACACACACACCUACAUAUCAAACUAAUGUUUUAUGAGUUUAGGGCUUACAUACUGUAGCUCCCUCACUUCUCAUCUCAGAUGUGUGCAUUCAUAUUUCUCUCUGUGUGUGUGUGUGU